AUGCCGGCACGACACCGUCAUUCAUCGUCGGACGACGACGCAGAAGAAGAAACCAAGGGAGACCUCGGGCCUGUCGCUUGCACCCACACAAAACACCCUGGAGCUGCAGUCACUCAGUCGGGGGUUGGCGACGACGAAGGCAUCGCGACGCAGCCCGACGACCCGGCCCUGACCCAGCUCAACGCGGACGGUGAGGCGCGGCGUCGAAAUGACAAUCAGCUACGAGCCGAAGAAGUCAGGGCAUCACAGGGCCACACGACGGGUCAGUCACAACCUCCGGAGCUCACGCACCAAGAUGAUGCCGCGCCGCAAACAACUUCUGCUGCGGAUAAGCACCGCCAAGGUGACACCCCGGGGCAGGACGGUUCUGCAGAAGCUUCCAAGGCGUCUGAAGCCUUUAAGACACGAUCAUCUACCGAGACGGAUGAGGCGAGGCGGUUGAACGCCUUUUCCGUCCAGGUGUAUAGUGUGCGAAUAUUCCGGGAGAACAAAGUCUCUUAG